UGGUAAAUAGAACAGGUUGUCAUUUUAAUCGAUAUUACUCGAAAGUGCAAUGAUAAGUUAUUAAGUUUUGUUUAAUUUGCUAUGCGAAGACGAGCGUUUUGGUGUUAAUAUUUGAAGAUCUGCGAAUUUUCGGAUGCUGGCUUUCAAAAUGGAGUUGGUUAAUUGAUAACGAAAGCAUAGUUACGAAGGCUUCGGUAAAAGUUUUAGAGCUUGGUUAAGAAAGAAAAUUUUAAUAUGGAUAGCGCAACAAAGGUAAAAGAUCAUAACUGCAAUACAUCAGCAACGGUCUCCGCUAUGGCGGGAAUGUGCAGUAGUGACAGUUUCAGCAUUUUUCCUCCAACGCAUCACGAUCUUACAAGUACAAAUAGCAUCGAACUGAACGCUGCCGCAUCGUUAAGUGACGAUUCUGGUGUUCCACUGACUACAAACAGUUCCAUAUCAAGUGGAGAUUCUUAUAAACUAGGAAUAUGUAAAUUUGAGAUUGAGCUUGUAGAAAGCGAUGGCGAGGUAUCACAGUUUGAUUCACUAGAUAAUUGUUCGGAGGGUGGCAUGAGCGCUGAGAACUUCAACACACUCAAAAAGGGCCCUUUGGCACCUAUUGAUCCACCCCCGGAAUUUCAAGAUUCGCCGCAAACAACGCUUGCGCGAUCAAAAAGUAAUUGUAGAGUGGGAAACUUAAGGCGAUGGACAUCAUCGCAGUCCUCCUUUGAACAUCUUAAGGAGAAUGCUAAUUUCGAAGUGUCAGACAUCAAUACAUAUAAAGUUGGUAAUGGCGGUAAGAAUGCAGAUGGUGAAUGUGUCAAUUAUCAAUUAGAUGAGGAGAAACCUAUGAAAGAAUCGUACGCUAUGAACAAACAUUUGUAUUCCAGUGAUUCUAUUCUGAACCUACAUACCGAUAACUUAUACGAUGAACCAAAUCACUUGCUGAGUUCAUCCCUGGGAAACAGUAUUGACGGAGUAGAAUCUGAUUCACCACCUUUAGCAGUCCCUCCCCCACCGCCUCCAGUGUCGAUUAUAAAAAUAAAACAAACAAUGUGUCCAUACUUUCAAGAUCACACAAGAUAUUUUAAGGCGAUCCCUUCGGAACAAGAUUACCUUACAACAGCAGCCAACCGAUUCAACGCAUCGGGCCUAUCAGAAAUACACGACUAUGAUCUCUAUUAUGGAAUAAAGCGGAAUGUAUAUCAGCAGUUUGACAGCACAUUACAACGAAAGGUCAUGUACAGUCCCCAUCACUGUCACAACCAUGUUUAUCAUGCAGGAAUGUGUGCCAAUAGACCCAAUUCAAGAAAUUCUCUUAAUAGUCGUUUAUCUAGCUCUCAUAAUUCAUUAAGUGUGUCAUCUACGAACAAACCGGACGAUUCGAUAUUUAUAACGCAGGCGAUGUCACACGAUGCCCUGUUGACAAGAGAGAUAUCUGAUUUUUACAAUGUUCCACUCGAUUCAGACAUUUAUGCAUUUCCUGUAGAUAUGAUUAAAACAGAUAAGCCAUGUACAAUGCAAACCUAUAUAGAUAAACAUUCGAGGACCAACAUUCACGAAACCAAAGAUGACAUAAUUUUUCAUAGUUAUAAUAAGCAAAGUAUCAAGUGUCCCCAUCAACAUAAAGCAAAUCGAAAAAAUAAACACAAACGUAAGAAACGCAGUAAUUCUAAUUGCUUAGAAAGCAAUGAAUUGGGAAAUGAUGGUGUUAUGAACAAUGGGUCUAUUAAUCAAAUAUCGAAGUACACGACAUCGCUAUUGUCUCCAUUUAGGGAGCACGACGGUAGUACUGGAAACUUGAAAGGUAGAGAACCGCUUCACAUGACUCUAACUGAAGUCAAACAAUUCUACCACACACUCUAUUCGGAUACAAAGCCUAAUGGCGGAGGUAUUGGCGACCGAAAUGCACAAAUUUCAAACGCUAGCCAAACAAAGUCUUCAAACGAAACUAUAUGGAGCGGCUCGACGAUGCGCUCGCGUAGCAGUAAUCCUGUUGGUUUCGGGACAAUUAUCGACAAAACCGUUGGCUCAAUGGGCACUCAUGUGAGAAACCAUAUUAAGCAUAUAGACAUAUCAGAAAACGAUAAGACCAACAAUAACAUCAUUUCCGUUAACAAUCACAACAAUUUGCAAAUUAGUCAGUCUCCACAUAUGACAGUAAUAGAAAGCAAAGAGCCAGCAAAUGUUAUUAAUACUUGCAUCACUAAACAAAGUAGCAUGCCGCCCAGUGAAAAAAGAUCUCAGUUCUCCUUAAACUUAAAGCAAAAAUUUUGCAGUAUUUUUCGUUUUCGCAAAAGUCAAAAUAGGUAUCGGUCAACCAACAACGAGUCAGACGACAAUAAUAUCAGCCAUGAGAAUGUUUCUAAUAUAAUAAAGGUAAAGUCAGAAGACAAACGUAAAAAGUUCCAAUCUAGAGCUUUACCACCCUUACCCAAAAAACCUAAUGAACAAAACAUUGAAACACGAGAUGAAACUCUGAAGGAUAAAGGAGAGAAAAAUAACGAUUCUCCUAAUUUCCAAUUUACCUCGAGCAUAGAAAAAGUUAAAGAUUAUGGUUGGUACUGGGGGCCCUUAUCUAGUGAAGCGGCCGAGAAAGUCCUGUCUAACGAACCUGAUGGUAGUUUUAUAGUACGAGAUAGUUCUGACGACCACUAUAUAUUUUCUCUAAGCUUUAAACUAAAUAAUUGCGUUCGUCAUGUACGGAUAGAACAGGAUCAAGGUACAUUUUCCUUUGGGUCGUAUGCUAAGUUUAAAUCUCAAACAAUUACUGAAUUCAUUGAAAAGGCUGUGGAGCAUUCACGUAGUGGAAGAUAUUUAUUUUUUUUACAUCGGAGACCGGAACACGGACCGAUGAGAGUGCAACUUACCAAUCCAGUAUCCAGAUUCAAGCACGUUCAAAGCCUACAGCAUAUGUGCAGAUUUGUUAUAUUGAAAGUGGUGAUUAGAAAGGAUUUAAUACAAACAUUGCCAUUGCCAAGAAGACUUUUAGAUUAUCUCAACUACAAGCACUGUUACUCCGAGCAAAUUGAGAGUGAUAGCUCACAUUCACAGAUAUCUGGAGACGGGUCUUUGUAGGAUCAUUUUAUAAUUUUUUUAUAUUUUGGCUAACACACAAAUUAUUAAUUUUUUUCGAAAAUAUCAGAUUUAUUAUAGUACAAUAUCAUUAUAUUUUUUGCAGAAUUGAUUUAAUAAUGAGUUUUUGUAUUACAAUCCAAAAGUAUUAGUAUUUCUACUCGGUGCUAUACUAUAAGUAAUGUGUAAAUCAAACUGUACAAUUAUUAAGUAGCAUUGCCAAGAUCUUACCUAUCAUCAUUCGCUAAUUUGUAUUAUACAUAACAAAUAUCUAUAGCUACUUGCAUUUACACAGAUAUCCAUAAGUGUUUUACAUGAGCAGUCUUUAAUUUUUUAAUACAAAAAUUUAAAAUAAAUAAAUAAACAAAUAAUGCAGAAGGUAGUCAAUAUAGAAAGUAAUAUGCAAGAUAUUAUUAAAACACUAAAUAAUUACUGAUUAAUAUACACAGCUAACUACGUAUAAAUAAAUAUAGUAAAGGGCAGAAAAAUUUAGACUUAUUGAUAUAUUGUAAAGAUGUUCUCAAUUAUCAAUAAGUA